AUGAGCCGAAACCGCCUUAUCCUGCGCACCACAACCACAGAAUCCAGCACUGGAACUGGCCUGGAACUCGAACUGAACUGGACUCGAACCGAACUGGAAUUGGACUCGAACCGAACUGGAACUGGACUCGAACCGAACUGGAACUGGACUCGAACCGAACUGGAACUGGACUCGAACCGAACUGGAACUGGACUCGAACCGAACUGGAACUGGACUCGAACCGAACUGGAACUGGACUCGAACCGAACUGGAACUGGACUCGAACCGAACUGGAACUGGACUCGAACCGAACUGGAACUGGACUCGAACCGAACUGGAACUGGACUCGAACCGAACUGGAACUGCACUCGAACCGAACUGGAAUUGGACUCGAACCGAACUGGAACUGGACUCGAACCGAACUGGAACUGGACUCGAACCGAACUGGAAUUGGACUCGAACCGAACUGGAAUUGGACUCGAACCCAACUGGAACUGGACUCGAACCGAACUGGAACUGGACUCGAACCGAACUGGAACUGGACUCGAACCGAACUGGAACUGGACUCGAACCGAACUGGAACUGGACUCGAACCGAACUGGAACUGGACUCGAACCGAACUGGAACUGGACUCGAACCGAACUGGAAUGGACUCGAACACUGAAAUGA